AACAGCCGAAUAGUAAUUUAUCUGUGUCGAUCACAAGGCUUGUGUUUUUUCUUUUGACGGCGCAUCUCACUCCAUAAAAGAGAUCAUCAAUAUAUCGCCGUUUCUUGAUCUCGUUUCCAACUUGGACACAUUUUUUCCUGGGGGGCAUCCUCACGAGCUGUUUUUUUCCCAAGUUGCUUUCGAAUCGAUCAGGAGCUUACAGUAUUCCGCACCUUCUGCACUUAAACAUUUCUGCAUCCACCGUAUCUAUCACGUUUGAAAUAAGGCGGCACACACCAACACCACCCAUGGCCACGCAGCCGUUGCUUCGGCUUCGGAUUGGAAUUCCUGCACCGCCACGGAGCGUAGGCAGUGGUCGAUGUGUGGAAAUAAAGUUUCCCACGGCACCUGGAGCAGGUACUAUAACAUCCAAUGCAUCUCGAAGACAUCGAUCCUUGAGCACGAGUUCCUCGUGCAGCAGCGCGUCUUCCUUGCCAUCCUCUUCAUCCAGCAGUUGUAGCAGCGCUCGUCCGUCGCCAACCUUGAUUUCCCAAGCGCAACAUCAGCAAGUGGACCAGCGCCGCGUUGCUGUUUGUGGUUCCGUCGUGGAAAUUUUGCCGGUGUCAGCCUACCUCUGGUCGCAGGGAUGCUGUGUCAUUCCAAUUGACACGAGCAUACUAAAAGAAGAGGAGGAGAUCGCGGAUCGGAUUGCUCUGUCGCGAUGUCACCUCGUCGUCUCUCACCUGGAAUGCCGGGCGCGGCAGGUUGCCCGAAAUUGCGCGGUCGCACACGACCAAAUAGAAAGAUACUUUCCGCCCCACGACACGCUCGAGUCCGGAAUGCUUGCGACGGAGCUGCGGAAAAUGAGUAUGAUCUUUGGAAAUCAAUAGAGUAGUUUAUUUUGAAGUCGACAGAGUGAGAGCUACAUCAUAAAAAUCUUUCAAAAUACAGUAAAGACUGAGAUUUUAUUGUCUUCCGACUAAGCUAAAUGGAUUUGAACAUGAAACAGUUACGUCGCGCAACUGCGAAAGCGAGCCAGCCUUUCACCUGUACGGUGUGGGAAGCAGCUUGCCCGCUGUGGUGUCGUUCGCAAAUCUGCGCGAACGCAUCCGCAUCGCGCAAACGCUUUGGCGCUUUGCCUCAGACGAUGUCGUGCGCUCGUUCGACUGCGAAGCCGUGGUUGACGGUGGGCUGGUGCCACUGCUCGCGGGCGCCCGCGUUUUGCCUUCCUGCAGUCAGGGUGGCGAGUUGGAUGCGGCGAAUAACGCGAGCGCGGCUUGGCGCAGCACCGCUAGUCCCCGGCUCCGCUAUUUGCAGAUGAAAGGCGUUCUCGAUACCGUCGCAGAGCCGACCGUGGUGUUUUGCAACGCGAGCAGUGCAGGUGCGCAUGGUGGUAGACAAAGAACCGAGUUUUCCAGUACUAGCAGCAGGCCAACUACGAGCUUUUCCCAACACGCUGUGAAAGUUUGUGGUGAGAAAACGGGAAAGAUGUUGCAGAAAGCGUCGGCAGAUGGCUCGCUGCGCCUUGUCGCCGUAAACGAACUAGACCGCGCUGCGCAGGCGGCUGACUCACGAAAGCCACUGGAGCAGAAGCUGCCCCGCCCGUUCUGCAAAUGGUUCUACACGCCGGAAGCGGGGACCAUAGCAACGCAAUCCCUGAAAGCAAAGCACGUGUCACCUGAAUUUGAGACAAAGGCGUUGGGCAAGUACGCGAUGCUUUUGACCGGUCCGGCUGUCGUGCAAGAGUACUUCGGUUUCCCCAAUGUUGGGAAAGAGACCCUGUACAAAAGAGAAGCAAAUGAUCUCCAGCGGCCGGAGCUAGCCCAUCCUCGUGAUCGGGGUAAAAAUGACUACGACAGGGACAAACAAAAUUUUCCGGACGCAGCGUCACAAAAUAGCUUUGUGCUCCGACCCGCAAUGCCAAGCAAGACGUGGUUUGGGCGCUCGAACCGGGAUGCAAACGGGGUAAAGCGCAAGUUGCACCGACACAUGCCGGAAUGGAACAUCAAGAAGGUGAUGAUGCUCAAGUACCGCCUGAAACGGGCAAAGAUUGGCCGGUAUGUCUACCCAACGGACGGCCACACAAACUGCGCAAGAACGGUCUACAAGAGUCGCUACCGAAAGUCGCAGAAGAUUGGUCCAAAGUACUCCUAGUGGCAGAUGAUACAGACCAGAGGGACGAAGAAAUAGAGCAAAAUUUCAAAGCGCACGACUGCAUGGUGAUGGUUCUGAGAUCCUUUGUUAAGAAUUGCGCCGAAAACCGUCUGGUCGAGGACAAAAUCGAUCGGAAUCUACAU